AUGUGUGAUGCAUGUCAAACAAGAAGAUCAAUACCAAAACCAGUUUGCGGCAAACCUAUUGUCUCAAUUGGAUUUUUAAAUAGACUUCAAGUUGAUUUAAUACAUAUGCGUAGUGUUGAAUAUAAUGGAUAUAAAUUUAUAUUACAUGCAAAAGAUCACUUUACAAAAUUUAGUUGGUUAAAUGCAUUACCUUCAAAACAAGCUUAUCAUGUUGCUGCUACUUUACGUAAUAUUUUUUUACAAUUUGGUCCACCAAAGAUAUUACAAUCUGACAAUGGGAAAGAAUUUGUUGCAAAAAUUAUUUUGGAACUCAAAUCAAGUUGGCCAGAUUUAAUUAUUAUCAAUGGUCGUCCACGACAUCCACAAAGUCAAGGUCUUGUCGAACGAGGUAAUGCUGUAGUACAAAAAAUGUUAGGCAAAUGGCAAGAGACAAAUAAAUCUAAUGAUUGGCCUAACGGCUUAGUGAUGUUAUCAAUUAAUAAUUGUGUAUCUCAAAGUGCACAAAAAACACCAUAUGAAAUGGUCUUUGGUCAACCUACACGCAGUGAUCAUGACUUUUGGCAACAGUUAAACAAACAAUAUUCUAAUAAUUUAGUUGUUAAUGAAGAAGAUUUACCUCAAUCAAUUGCCAAUAUGAUAUCUUCCAAUGACGAUGAAUCAACAAUUAAUCAAUCAACAGAUGUUUGUAGUUCUUCAACAAUACCAUCAUUAUCAUUGAAUACACAUACAACUAAAAUUAUAGAUAACAAAACUGAAACUUCACAUAAACAAAUUCGAGAUGAAGCUGAAAAAAAUUAUAUUCGUACAGCUGGACUAAAAAUUUCAGAAGUUGACAGGUCAAACACUUCACCAUCAAUCUUACCAUGUAAAAUAAUUGACAUAUCAUAUAGAGAUGAAUCAUCUGAUCUACAAUAUAAACUUGCAACAUUAGAUGGAAAAAUUAAUGAUUGGUUUUUAUCACUUGAUUUAAUUGAUUUAUCAGAUACACUUUCAACUGAAUUACGACAGUUAGAUACAAAUAAUUUGCCAGAUAUCAGUUUCAUUCAAGCUUGUCAAGCAUUUACAAAGUUUAAAUCAAUCAAUACUUGUAAAUGUACUGGUUCCUGUGAUACCAAUCGUUGUUCUUGUAAAAAAAGAUCAUUAUUGUGUUGUACUAAAUGUCAUCGUGGUAAAUGUGUUUCAUGUAAAAAUAAUAAUUAA